UUACGCUUCAGAAGCGUCUCCUCUUCACGGUGAACCUCAGUCUGUAUUUCCGUGUAAAAAAAAAAAAUCUUAUCAGAUCAGAUGAGGUCGGGAUUGGGAGACUUUGCGAUAAGUCUGGACUCUGUGCGGACUUGCACUUUGGCUCUGCAGGAUUGCAGACAUGCCUCUGCUGAUAAGACAUGUGCUUUCAGUUUAAAGCUCAGAGAGGACAAGUUCGGUUUUGGAAUAAGAAUUACUUUCUUCCUCGCGUUAUCUCAAUUUUUCCUCCCCUUCUUCUUCUUCUUCUUCUGUUCUUUUUUGCGAGAGAUUAGAUUGCAUGUUGACGCGAUGACGCCCGCCUUGUUUACUCCUCUGAGUCCUGUCUGUGUCACCUCUGGCGGUCCGCCGGCUGCAGCCGCGGCUCCGUGGAGCUCUGUGACAUGAAGGUGGUUUAGGAAGCCCUGCGUUUGAGCCACCAUGUGGGCGUGUUUCUCUCAGGCCCAGCAGUCUCUCCGCUCUUGUGUGGAGUUCAGAGCGAGGAAAACGCAUUUCUUCUGCUGCGACCGCAGAGCGCAAAAGGUGGGAGCUCUCCGACUCUGACGCGCGCACGCCAUCAUCUCCCACCCCGGGCUCCAGGCGCUUCACCAACAAGAGGGAGGUUUACAAAAAAAACAAAAAAAAAAAAGGGGAAAAAAAAGGAAAAAAAAAAAAAAAAAAAAAGAAGAACUCAUCAUCAUCAUCUUCAUCAUCAUCUAGCCAUGGACGCAUCUCGGUUCGCUGCGGUACAUCUGGGCCUGCUCCUCGUUCUGUUUGGGAAUGUACCGUGUUUCCAGUCUGCUGCUAUCAUUUCCCCCUCUGCGCCGAGGAGGCACAGGGAAGCCAGGACCUCUCAUCCGCACGGACAAAGGUCACCCAGGCUCUUCAGAGACGUCGUCGCCUCCUCGCACCCGGCGGCGGGACGCCACAAAGACGGAGAGGUCCCAAAGGACGCCGUGGUCCCGCACGAGUACAUGCUCUCCAUAUACAGGACGUAUUCGGCGGCGGAGAAACUCGGACUAAACGCGAGCUUCUUCCGCUCCUCAAAGUCUGCCAACACCAUCACGAGUUUUGUGGACAAAGGAACAGACAAUCUUUUGCACUCUCCUCUGAGAAGACAGAAGUAUCUGUUUGAUGUCUCAACCCUGUCCGAGAAAGAGGAGCUGGUCGGAGCCGAAUUAAGGAUAUUUAGAAAAGCUUUGGGGGCCCCUCAGGCGGCGGGGCCCUUCCACCUGCAGCUCUACCCGUGCCGCUCCGACAAGCCGCUGGACUCCAGGUCUCUGGACGCCGCGGACUCCGCCGAGACCGGCGGCUGGGAGGUUCUGGACGUGUGGGACGCGUUCCAGACGCAGCGCCAGCACAGGAGCCAGCUCUGCUUCCAGCUCCGGGCCGCGCGCGGCAGGUCCGACGAUGAGGUGGACCUGAGGCGGCUGGGCCUGGACAGGAGCGGCCGCGGGCAGCAGGAGAAGGCCAUCCUGGUGGCCUACACCCGCUCCAGGAAGAGGGAGAACCUGUUCAACGAGAUGAAGGAGAAGAUCAAGUCGCGGCGGUCGGCCGAGGAGAAGCCGGCGAGGGCCGAGGGGCCGGGCCAGGGCCCCCCGCGGCGGCGCCGGAGGACGGCGCCGAACAACCGGCACGGGAAGCGGCACGGGAAGAAGUCCAAGUACAGGUGCAGCAAGAAGGCUCUGCACGUGAACUUCAAGGAGCUGGGCUGGGACGACUGGAUCAUCGCCCCGCUGGGCUACGAGGCCUACCACUGCGAGGGCGUGUGCGACUUCCCGCUGCGCUCGCACCUGGAGCCCACCAACCACGCCAUCAUCCAGACCCUCAUGAACUCCAUGGACCCCAACAGCACCCCGCCCAGCUGCUGCGUGCCCACCAAGCUCAGCCCCAUCAGCAUCCUGUUCACGGACUCGGGCAACAACGUGGUGUACAAGCAGUACGAGGAGAUGGUGGUGGAGCAGUGCGGCUGCAGGUAGCGGCGUGUCGGCGUGAUAAGCAAAGCAACGGAGGAGGAAAGGAAAAGACAGAUUUUUUGUUCAAACCGACGCGCUGACGGCUCAGCGGACGUGAACAGAUCAGUUCCUCACAGGGUCUGGAGCGUUUUAAUCCAAAUGACGGGAAGCGCUCACAGGAAGCUCCACCUCCACCCCACUUUAUUGUUAUUUAUUCAAACUGAUUAACACUAAAAGAGUCCAGCACAUUUAUUCUCAUCCACGCAGGGACCUUAAAAAAAAAAAAAAAACGUGUCAAGCGGAGUGUCCAGGAGGUUUUGGCGCAAAGCAGCGAAUAAGACGCAGUGCGCGCUCUGCGUGGCUGCGGGGCCAGAAAGGAGUCUGUUUAUCUGGGAGCGCCGCGCCUGAUCGGGACGUUUUGGGGUCCGCCCCCCCUCCCACCCCAACACACACGCGCGCACACACACACUCCCUAACUGGAGACAAUACAGGCUCGGGGUAGAACCUGCUUUCACCAAAUAAAUGAAUACAUAAAAUAAAAGAGAGAGAAAGAAUUCAGUAAACACAUGAGGUGAAUGUCUAAUGUACCAAACACAGAAACGUGGAUCUGGAUGUGAGGAGAUAAAGAUGUUGGUGGUGAUGCCUUCAAGAGAUUUUUUUUUUUUUUUUUUGGUGCCUUGAAAGGACCCAGAUCAGAUCUGUGCCUCUCCUGGGACCUGACGCAUGGAAACGAUGAUUAUUGUUUUUUUCUUCUUUUUUUUUUUUUUUUUUUUUUGGGAAAAGCACACAUAACUGGGGCGGAUUUUGUAUUUUUUUUUUUUUUUUUUGUGGCUCAAAAGUCUGCAUCUUUACGCAAUGCACUUCCACGACUUCCUGCGCCAUGCACGGACAAGUGGUUCAGCGAGAGAGAGAGAGAGAGAGAGAGAGAAGAAAAAUUAAAGACUCGCCGAUCGAGACUAUAUUUAAAUGCACAUUAGCUUUGAAUGCACUGCUGUUCAUUUUUUUCCCUGUCUUUAUCUCUGAGCUGUAAAUAUUUUGUACAGUCGAAAGGAAAAAAAAAACUUUACAAAGUGCUGCGAAUGAAGAGACGCUCGAAAGGCGUUUCUUUGUAAAUGUAAAAAAAGAAAAACAACAAAAAAAAAAACACACUGCACUCAAAUCGGUAAAAACAAAAUGUUUAUUCUAUAAUUAUUUUAUUAUUUGUGUUGUACAGAGUUCCAUGAUAAUCAUAUAUUUCUUACGUCGUAAAAAAAAAGAGUAAUUUAAGGCGUCUUCGAUAUUUUUUUGCAGAGGGUGGAAAGUACAAUUAUUAAUAUCUAUCUACCUCAUUAUUGCAUAUAGGAUCUGAGUUUGAGGUGCAUUCAGUUAAAGUGUAAAGAGUUUUUACAAUCAUAUAUAUACAUAUAUAUAUGAGAUAUAUAUAUAUGAGAUCAUUUAUAUAACAUAUAUUACUGGAUACUACUCCACAGCAUUACUGUACAAAUAAAAUUCCAAACAAAG